AUGCCUGCCCAACUUUCGACGAUACUUUACGUAUCAGAUUAUAAAGAAAGAACCUUGAGUGACUUUUUCAUAGGUUCUGCUCUUGGAUACGCUCGGCUCGAGGAGGAGGGAGAGGCUGUACAAACUUUCAACAUUACAGUAUUUUAUCCUGUAGAUGAAACUAAGCCAUGUUAUGUACCGAAAUUGAGCGAAGGACAAGUUUUAUCAAUUGCAAACUCUAAAUUUAGUAAAAGUGCUAAAAAUAAUGAACUUGACAUUAUCUUAACUUCGGCCACUAUUUUGGAUAUAUUGCCCGAAAAUCUUCCAGUACACCAAAUUAAUGUAGUUGGUAUCGCUGUGGCAUCUGAACCUGCUCUAAUUACUGAUAUUGGUGUUCAAAUAGAUUGUGUUAUUACCGAUUAUUUAUCAAAAGAUAAACCUACUGAAGUGUCAAUUACAUUAUUUCACCCAACCGGUAGCAGGUUUAUGAAUCAAACCACUAUUGUUAAACGAGGAUCAUCUGUUUUUUUUUCAGGCACACUAUCAUCAAUCAAAGGCAAGCUCUAUUUAGAGCUACACAACUUUAGUUUCCUUCAAGGCCAACAAUCUCCUAUUACUUCAUCCCCAACAAAACGUAUGUCAUGGCUAAAUUCCUUAAAAUCACCUGUUUCAAGUCCUGAUGCAUCACCUAUCAAGCCUCAACUACCUCCUACUUCAACAACAAAUACCACUUCCUCUUCUACUCCGCCAGCAGCAAAUACACAUACUAACGUGAAAACAAUCUCUACUCCGCCAGUAGCAAAUACACAUACUAACGUGAAAACAAUCUCUACUCCACCAGCAGCAAACACACAUACUAACGCGAAAACAAUCCAUAAAAACUUGCAACAACCCAAAUAA